UUUCCUGUCACAGAAUAGAAAGUAUUCCAGACUAGACUUGUCAGUUUUCUCAGAGUGUCACAACUAUUUCAACUGUUAUUGAUAAAUUUAAAAUGUUUUCUAAGCAAAUACCCUGGACUCAAUGUCUUCCAAGUCGACUUUGCGGUGGGCAAAAAUGUGUUGACAAACAAGUUUACUAUUUUAACCAAACAACAUGCAUCCACAACUGUCCGCAUCAAUUCCCAACUUCCGAUUCGACUAAGGAAAUGAAACCUUUUGGUUCAAUACCGGGUCCUAAACCGCUUCCAGUUGUUGGAAACAUCUGGCGUUACGCCAUAGGACAGUAUUCAUUUGACCAACUGCAUGUUACUGGAUUGAAAAAGUAUCUGCAAUUCGGCCCUAUCGUACGAGAGGAAAUUUUACCUGGCGUAAAUCUUUUAUUGCUUUAUCGGCCGGAGGACAUUGAGCGGAUGUACCAGGUGGAGGGUCGUUAUCCAUCACGACGAAGUCAUACGGCUCUCGAAUUCUAUAGACUCCAAAGACCCCACAUCUACAAUAGUGGGGGUCUGCUUCCAACGAAUGGACCCGAGUGGUAUCGCUUACGACAAGCCCUUCAACGUCCAAUAAAUAUGAUGGAGAAUAUCCGUCAAUAUAUUCCCGGUAUUGAUAACAUUUCAUCCGAAUUUGCAGAACAAAUUGCCAUCUCAAUUAAGAAGAACAAAACGUCGCCAGAUUUUUUGGAAGAUCUUUCCAAAGUCUUUUUGGAAUUUAUUGGUUUGGUGACGUUUGAUACGCGAUUAGGAUCGUUGCGUACAGAUUUACCGGGCGAUUCCUGUCCGAAUAAGCUUAUUCAGGCUGCAAGCGACACCAAUAGUGAAAUACUCCGCACGGACAACGGUCUUCAGUUCUGGCGGAAAUGGAACACACCGGCUUAUAAAAGAAUUACGCGUUCCCAAGAAUACUUUGAAAGGGUUGCAUCAGAAUUUGUCAAUGCAAAAAAUGCUGAAUUACGUAGCAGGAAUGAUCAGGAUCAAUCUCAGAAAACAUUGCUUGAAGUUUAUUUAACAUCCAAGGACCUGGAUGUCAAAGAUGUGGUCACUAUGGUUUCCGACAUGCUUCUUGCGGGAAUUGAUACGAGUUCUUAUACAAUGAGCUUUAUAUUGUAUCACUUAGCCAGAAACCCACUAAAACAAGAAAAAGUGUAUCAGGAAGUGAAUCGCUUCGUUCCCAAUUCCACUAGUCCUGUAACACAAGAUAUUCUUGCGGAAUUAAAAUAUCUCAAAGCUGCUGUAAAAGAAUCCUUUAGAUUGAAUCCAAUAUCGAUUGGAGUUGGAAGAAUUUUGCCUGAAGAUUCGUCUUUUUCAGGAUAUCAUUGUCCGAAAAAUACUAUAUUAGUGAGUCAAAAUCAGGUAUCAUGUAAGCUGGAUCGUUAUUUUAAAAACCCGCUGCUAUUUGUUCCUGAGCGCUGGAUGAAAGGAGAUCCAGCUUAUGAAAAAACACAUCCAUAUUUAGUAUUGCCGUUCGGGCACGGACCACGAGCUUGCAUUGCUCGAAGACUAGCAGAACAAAAUUUGUAUAUCCUUCUGGCACGGUUAGUUAAGCGGUUUAGUAUCGAGUGGAAUGGAGCGGAAUUAGAUGUUAGAUCUCAACUAAUUAAUCGUCCAGACGCACCAUUAAAAUUUAAUUUUAUCGAACGAAGAGAUUGCUGACCUCUUGGAUUAUGGGC